CGCUGUCACUCUGGUCCCUCCCAUUCCUGCAGCCCUCCAGUGUUGCUGGCCUGAGAUGGGAGCGCUCACAGCACCCACAUCAUCGCGGCUCAAGAAACGGGAUAAAGCUGGAAAAGAACACAAAAGACAACAAUAGCACAUACGUACCGUGGAAAAAAAUGGGAUAGCGAAACAACUCAUUUGCUGUUCCACCGGAUCCCCACCAUCUUGAUCGCGUCCUCCGGGAAACUCAGAUGUUGUCGUCGCCUGUGUUUUGCGCUUUUUAUCCAUUCUCCUGCAGCGCCGCUGGUACAAAGGCGCUCGGUCCGGAGCAGCAGCACCUGGGAUUACUGCCGUAUGAAUGGGCAAGAGUGAGCGGACCUGCUAUCGUGGACAACUCCGGAAUGGUAGAGUCAGACAGUGGCCAUUGUUUUCGGUAAGGCUUCUGUGGCGAACUGGACUAAAGAAGGAAAGAGUAGUGCGCCCUUGGCAUCAUUCACACAGUUUGUGUGAACCAGAGUCGGUCACAGAAAUUAUUAAGGCAUAAAAAUAUGGUGGAGCCGGUGGGUUUCAUCGAAGCUUGGAAGGCGCAGUUCCCGGAGUCAGAGCCCCCCAAGAUGGAGCUGAGGUCCGUCGGAGGGAUCGAGCAAGAGCUGGAGAAGUGCAAAGCGUCCAUCAGGCGUCUGGAGCAGGAGGUGAACAAGGAGCGCUUCCGCAUGAUCUACCUGCAGACCUUGUUGGCAAAGGAGAGGAAGAGUUAUGACAAACAACGGUGGGGCUUCAGGAAAACACCGCUGAACGAGGGGGUGGACGCUGCAGCCACUCAGGGCGCCGAGUGUCAGUCUCAGCAGCCUCACAUGCAGGAGACAGGUGGAGUUGGAGUAGGUGUCGGAGGCUAUGGUGGUUGCAUUGGGGGUGUUGGGGAUAGGAACCGUUAUCAACCUCUGGGAGAUGGUGCUGGCAGGUCCAAACCCAGGCCUCCACCAGCUAGGAAGUCAGCCUCCCACGGAGACGGCCUGGAGUCAGCGUUUGAGGUACCCCCGCAGGCUGAGUCGACAUCCUGUGACAACCUAGAUGGCCUCUCACCGUCCAAGCAGAGAGGCGGCAUCUCAGUCUCCCCCCGCAGGCCCAAUCUUCCGCCCCCAGACAAGGAACUGCCCUCUGAUCCCAAGGACAAGAUGGGAAUGGGACUUGGUGUGGCUGCUCUCAGGUCCAACUUUGAGAGGAUUAAACGGGCCAACUCCCACUCUGCAGGCGAUGUAGCCAAGGGCCAGGAGAAACAGCUGCCACCUCCUCCACCACCAUUCUACUCAAAUAUGGAAUUCCACCAUGAGAGGGGUCUGGUCAGAGUCAAUGAUCGUGACGUCUCUGAAAAGAUCAGCACCCUGGGCAGCCAGGCCAUGCAGAUGGAGCGAAAGAGAUCCCUUCACUCCCUCCCAGGUAAUCUGGCUACCGUGGCAGGUGAGCUCCGUGCCAGGCCAGUGUAUAGAGGUCGGUCCACUGAGAGCACGUGUGGCUAUGAUGCCGAGAAUGAAGAUGGAGAACCCAACCAGCGACAUCCAGGGAGGGCCAAUGGCGGCAAACCUCCACCCCCUCCUUGGCAGCCAUCUGAGUUCCAGGCCUAUUCCAGUGUCUAUGUUGGUGGGGUCAUGAUGGGUGAAGGUGGCAGUGGAGAUGGGAGAGGUGGUAGUGGUGGAGGUGGCAGUGGAGUUACAGUGAGAGACCUUGGGGGUGGUGAUGACCACCUCCUGACCUGGCCACGUCGUUCCUACUCCCCAGGGAGUUUUGAGGAUGUCGGUGGAGGCGGCGGCUAUACGCCGGACUGUAGCUCCAAUGAGAACCUGACGUCCAGUGAGGAGGAUUUCUCCUCAGGCCAGUCCAGCCACGUCUCACCAAGUCCUACCACGGCCUUCCGCAGGCCUUUUAGAGAGAAGAGCCGCUCACCGUCCCAAAACUCCCAGAACUCCCAGCAUUCCUUUGACAGCAGCAGCCCCCCAACACCGCAGUCCCAGAAGCGUCACCACCGGCAACAGGGAGGCCACGUGGUCAUGUCUGAAGCCACUAUUGUCAGUGUCCGCAAGACCGGUCAAAUCUGGCCACCUGCCGCCCAUCACGACCUUGUACCCCAUGGCAGAACAUCCCAUGACAACAGCUUUCAUGGAGACCACCUCGAUGGUCAUUUCACCGGGACUCCUCCCUCGUAUGGUUACGAUGCAGACCGUGCAGAGGAGCAGCGGAGGCAUCAUGACAUCCUGCCGUAUAUCGAUGACUCGCCGUCAUCUUCACCGCACCUCAGCUCCAAAAGCCGCAGCAGUCGGGACACUCUGUCUUCUGGAUCAUUGGAGUCCUCCAAGUCGACUGAAUGUGACCUGGAAAAAGGUUUGGAGAUGAGGAAGUGGGUCCUCUCUGGGAUCUUGGCCACUGAAGAGACAUACCUCAGUCACCUGGAGGCACUGCUGCUACCUAUGAAGCCUCUGAAGGCUGCAGCUACGACGUCGCAGCCUGUGCUCACCGUGGCCCAGAUAGAAACGAUCUUCUUCAAAGUGCCUGAGCUGUACGAGAUUCACAGGGAGUUCUACGACGGACUUUUGCCUCGCGUACAGCAGUGGAGCCACCACCAGAGAGUCGGGGACCUCUUCCAGAAACUGGCCAGCCAGCUUGGAGUUUACAGAGCAUUUGUGGACAACUAUGAACUGGCUGUGGAGACGGCGGAAAAGUGCUGCCAGGCUAACACGCAGUUUGCUGAAAUCUCUGAGAACCUGAAGGUGAGGAGUCCCAAGGACUCUAAGGACCAGACAGCCAAGAACUCUCUUGAGGCUUUGCUAUAUAAACCAGUUGACAGAGUGACUCGCAGCACGUUGGUACUCCAUGACUUGCUCAAACACACGCCCACCAGCCACCCGGACCACCCGCUUCUGCAGGACGCUCUGCGGAUAUCCCAGAACUUCCUGUCCAGCAUCAACGAGGAGUCUACCCCCCGACGUCAGUCUAUGACUGUCAAGAAGGGAGAGAGCCGGCAGCUUCUGAGGGACAGUUUCAUAGUGGAGUUGGUGGAAGGAGCGAGGAAGCUGAGACAUGUCUUCCUCUUCACUGAUCUGCUGCUCUGCGCCAAGCUGAAGAAGCAGAUCGGAGGUAAAAACCAACAGUAUGACAGCAAGUGGUAUAUCCCCCUCAAUGAGCUGACCUUUCAGGGCCCCGAGGAGACCGAGCCACUUACCAUUCCCCAGGUCCCAGAUGAAGAGCUUGACGCCAUGAAGGUCAAGAUCUCACAUCUCCGCAGUGAGAUCCAGAGAGAGAAGAGAGCCAACAAGGGUUCAAAAGUCAUCGAGCGGCUCAGGAAGAAGCUGUCUGAGCAGGAGUCUCUGCUCCUGUUAAUGUCUCCGAGCAUGCCACUCAGAGUCUACAACAAGAACGGCAAGAGUUACAGUUUCCUGAUUUCAUCCGAUUAUGAACGUGCAGAGUGGAGAGAAAUGAUCAAGGAACAGCAGAAGAAAUGCUUUAAAACUUCUUCCUUGACCUCCAUGGAGCUGCAAAUGUUGACGAACUCUUGUGUCAAACUGCAGACUGUACACCACAUGCCACUGAGCAUCAAUAAAGAAGAGGAUGAAUCCCCCGGUCUCUACGGGUUCCUGAAUGUAAUCGUUCACUCUGCCUCCGGCCUCAAACAGAGCUUGAAUCUCUACUGCACAUUGGAGGUGGACUCCUUUGGCUUCUUUUCAAAUAAAGCUAAGACGAGAGUGUAUCGAUACACUACUGAACCCAAAUGGAACGAGGAGUUUGAGAUUGAGCUGGAGGGCUCUCAGACCCUGAGGCUGCUCUGCUACGAGAAGUGUUACAACAAGACCAAGCAGAACAAAGAGGAUGGAGAGAGCACAGACCGCAUCAUGGGGAAAGGACAGAUACCGCUUGACCCGCAGACGCUCCAAGGCAAAGACUGGCAGAGAACAGUUAUUCCUAUGAACGGGAUCGAGGUUAAACUUUCCAUGAAGUUCACCAGCCGAGAGUUCAGUCUGAAGAGGAUGCCCUCACGGAAACCCAUGGGUGUGUUUGGAGUCAAGAUCUCCACAGUGACCAAGCGAGAGCGCUCCAAGGUGCCCUACAUUGUCCGGCAGUGCCUAGAGGAGAUUGAAAGGAGGGGUAUGGAGGAGGUGGGAAUCUACCGAGUAUCAGGAGUCGCUACUGACAUUCAGGCCUUGAAGACCGCCUUUGACACCAAUCAUAAAGAUGUGUCAGUGAUGAUGAGUGAGAUGGACGUCAACGCCAUCGCUGGGACCUUGAAGCUGUACUUCAGAGAGCUGCCAGAACCACUUUUCACUGAUGAGCUCUAUCCCAAUUUUGCAGGCGGCAUCACCCUGUCCGACAGUGUUGCCAAAGAGAGCUGUAUGCUGAACUUGCUGCUGUCACUGCCUGAACCCAACCUGGUCACAUUCCUUUUCCUUUUGGAUCACCUGAAGAGGGUGGCAGAGAAGGAAAGCGUCAACAAGAUGUCUCUCCAUAACCUGGCAACGGUGUUUGGUCCGACUUUGCUGAGGCCUUCUGAGAAGGACAGCAAGAUCCCCGCUAACCCCACCCAACCCAUCAGCAUGGGAGACAGCUGGUCCCUGGAAGUUAUGGCACAGGUCCAGGUGUUGCUGUAUUUCCUGCAGCUGGAGACGAUCCCAACCCCGGACAGUAAACGUCAGAGCAUCCUCUUCUCCACGGAAGUAUAGAGCUGACACUGAACUCUGCAAACCUGAGACUUCGACCAUGAACGAGUGAAAAGGAGAAGGACUGUGGCUCAAAGUGAGCCUAUAGUGUGAUAGCCUAUAGUGUGUUUUUGAAUUGACUGACCAGGUUCCUGGAAAGGGUUAUCUCUGGCGAUGCCUACCCUGCCUCAAACACAAGAGGGUGACACUGGGCCUCUGAAGGUCCAUGCCCUUCAUAUCUCUCCUUACCUGAUAUUUAGUGUGAUUCCUUAUACCUUCACUGAUGACGUGAGUACACCUGCCAUCCACAUUUCUUCACCUUAAUCUUUGUCUUAAGGCUGUACCUUUGCAGCUUGUAGACAGUUGUUCAUGUCAAAAAAAUGUCAAAAUCAGUCCAUAAGAGAACAAAAUAUGUCUUUCUUGGUUCUUGAAUUAGUUUGCCAACAAAUUAGAAUUUCCAUUUACCUUUGUGUUUGGGCAGUGUUCCCUGUCUGUGUUUCUUUUGGACAAUCAUCAGCUCAAGACUGCAAAAUAUGUUUAUCCAUCUGAAACAUUGCUUCAUGUCCUGUUGAAGAAAAUUCUAACCGUGUCUUACACAGUCUCAGAGCUUUGUUUCUGAGUAGACAAGAGGAGAUGUUUGUGCUCUAUGUGAGAGUCAAACUGAACGUCUGGAGCUGCCACAAUGCCACUGGCAUUUUUUCUUUGUGUCGGGAAGCCAACACCUUUACGUUAAAGUGUUUACAACGUAAACAAACCCCGGAUGAAGUCAGAGGCAAACAUUACAGCUUGAAGAGGGACUGUAAGAGGAUAAAAGGAAACCGAUGAUUAGUAAUACACUGCAUUCUGACUACAUGCGUUUUUUCAGAACAUAAAAGCAAAUUGUGUUGUUUGUGUCUACAAGGUAGUAUUCAGCUUAAAUAUCCAGGAAGCAAUAUAUUUUCUAACAUAGGAAUUGUCUGUGUUCAUAUCUUUAUUGACGAUUUGUCCUCCGUAUUGUGACAAGGGACAUUUUGCCAAAUUAAUAUGUUGUUUGUUUGUUUGUUUGUUUCUAGGAGGCAAAAGUUGCAGUUGUAUUUACAGAUACAGUAUGUACAUAUUCUGAAAGUUGUAUUUUUUUUUCUUUUGGUUUAACAGUAUAAUCAUUGUUGCUUUUAUUGUAAUUUAUUUUGAGGGCCUGGGGGGAGAAAUCGGUUCAUUUUUCUAUGUGAACUUUUUUCUGUUUCACUAAGAAAGUGGUAGGUCUUAGCCUUGACUUCAGGUCUUGCAGUAAAUAAGCAGGAUUUAGCCUUGUUCUUAUAGAAACUACUCUGCUGUCUGUCCGUCCAGCCUAUUGGUUAUCGUUCAUUUAGAUAUUAUAAUGAAGGUAAUACACACAUUGUAGUUACAUACUGUAUGCUGCUGUGGAAAAGGCACAAGCUCUUUAACUGCUGGGUGUUCCUCAGCAGAAUGUCUCACAUCCAGAGACCAUCGCCUGUCUAGCGUAGACAUUAUGCAAUGUCAUAAUACAGCACACAAACAAACACACACAUAUGACAUUGUCUCCUUUUUGUAUCAUUUAAUCUGUGGCUGCAGAGUUGCACUCAUGCAAGAUUAGAACUACUGUAUUACAAUUUAAGUGACCUGAGCACUCAGUGUUUGUGUCCAUCGAAGAAGCUCUCUGUUCGUUUUAAUGAAGGAAUAUUACUUUCUUUUUUCUCCUGACAUCUUUGAGUUUUUUUUCCUCAUUGCAAAAUAUCCAAAUAAUUUGUUGUCCUCGUAACUGUUCUUCAUUCCGUUAAGCUUGAAGGCGUCCAACUCAAUGGCAAAGAUAACAUAGAGGGCAUGUUUGAGGAAAUGUUAAUAUAACAAAUUUUAAGUUUUAAACAUAAAUGUCUUUAGCAAAGCAAGAGGAUUCUUCCCUUUUGGAUACAUAUCAACUCUCGAAAUGUCAAGACAUUUGCUCACUUUGCACAUGACAAUACAGACAAAACAUCCGUCUAUCGAUCCCAUAAAUAACUAUCUCAAGUAUGCCUUUGCUUUUUUUUUUUUUUUUUUUUUGCUAAUUUUGACCAACUGUAUCAAGCACACAUUGUUUCGUCAUUUAUAUUUUAGGAUGUAAGACAGAGAAUGAAGCUAUCAUUCAUUCAUUCAUCCGUCACCUUUAUGACAAGUCCCGAUUGCCUACACUAUUCUACCCUAUCGUGCCUCGACACUUAUGUUUUGCUUAGCGCCUGUGGUACUCGAAAUUUCAGUGGAGACGCUGACAGUGGAAAUGUCGUUCAGUCUCCUGUUGCCUUUGCUGAGGAUGGCCACAUACUUUUCAUUUCUUAAAGACUAAGACAGGACCUUAAACUUAAGCAUGGUCUUAGCUCAUAGCAUACAUACCAGUUCUACUCACCACCUUCAUCUGACUGUGAUGCUGUAAUUCAAACUGUGUUAAAGUCAGUCUUAAUGGGGCGAAGGACAGAAUUUCUUGCCUGUGUGCUUGUUUUAGCUCUUGAACUUUUAGCAUCUUUAAUGCCUUUUAUUUGUAUUUAUUUAUGCUUUGCCCCUAUUUGGAAAAAGAAGAUCUACUGCAGCUAUUUAUUUAUGAUAUAAUAUCAUCUGAAGUUAAAUUAAUGUUAGGAAAAUGGUCUUUAUACGAUGUGCUUUCUUUAGGAAAAUGUCUGUUUAUUAACUUUUUGUUUAUUGAUGUUCCAGCUGAUUGUUGCUAUUUUUUCCCAGAGUCACAACCACAGACAUAUUUUAACCCCUUAAUCCUGCAUCGCCAGCUCAUCUCUGUAGUUACUUGUGUUGUACAACAGACUGGCCACUGUGAUUGUUUAGCUAUCUGACGAUAACUGAAUAGCGGGUGCAGGUUCUUGUCCAUUUAAGAAGGUAGAUUUUGUGAGUUAACAUUACUCAAAUUUCUCUUACUUUUCCAUGGAGUUGUAUAAUAUGUAUUAUACUAGAGAGUACAUUAUUUGGUUUCUGUUUUAUUUAUUGUGGCGUUCACUGACAUAUGAUAAGUAAGGAUCAAGUCGGUGUGCCUCUAGUCUCUUUGAAAGCCAAGCUGUCAGUAUGUGGUAGAGGAGAAAAGAGUUGUAUAUUACUCUAAAACCUGCAUUGUUUUGGUCUGUUGAUUGUCACUGUAACUGCAUGUAUCCUCCAUAACCUCAACCCUCAGUUCUGUACAUGAAAAAGUAAAUACAUCAAAAAAGGUUUAGUUUAUCUGUGAAAUAGCCUGAAGAUAUGGAACAUAUUGCUCUGUAUGAAAGUUACAAACCUCUUUUGUUUAUUGUACACAACCCAGGUAACUGUCCCUACAUUUCCACACUAUAGUUAAUACUUUUAAGAGACCCCUGCUGCCACUUCUACAACAUCAAGUUGACAUUGCAUCCGAGGACAUAAACCUUUGGAAAUGUGCUAGUUUUGUUUUAUUUUGUCACGUAAAGCUGAGGAUGGGACUGACCAACCACAAACACUUUCUCCUUUUACCUUUCUCAGUUUUUUUGACUCUUGUUCCUGUUCAAUAUUCAAUGUUCUGCUUGUAGAACUGUAAAAAGGAAUACUGUAUCCUGAGGGCAAACAUGUUUGGAAGGCAUUUGCAGCCUAUGUUUGUACACAAAAAUGUUAAAUAAAAAUCUCCUUGUAUCUACAUAAAA